AUGACCAACUCCUGCUGCUUGCCUUGCUGCCAGCCUUCCUGCUGCACAACAAUCUGCUGUAAGCCAACCUGUGUGACAAGCUGCUGCCAGCCAUGCUGCAAGCCCAGCUGCUGUGAGACCACCUGCUGCAAGACCACCUGCUGUAAGCCCACCUGUGUGACCAGUUGCUGUCAGCCCUGCUGCAAGCCCAGCUGUUGCAAAACCACCUGCUGCACAACCACCUGUUGUAAACCAACUUGUGUGACUAGCUGCUGCCAGCCAAGCUGCUCUAAAACCACCUGCUGCAAGACCAUAUGUUGUAAGCCAACCUGUGUGACCAGCUGCUGCUGUGCACCCUGCUGCCAACCCAGCUGCUGUGAAACCACCUGCUGCAAGACCACCUGUUGUAAGCCAACCUAUGUGACAAGCUGCUGCCAGCCCUGUUGCAAGCCCAGCUGUUGUAAAACCACCUGCUGCACGACCACCUGUUGUAAGCCAACCUGUGUGACCAGCUGCUGUCAGCCCUGCUGCAAGACCACCUGCUGUGAGCCAACCUGUAUUACCAGCUGCUGCCAGCCUUGUUGCAAAACCACCUGUUGUACAACCACCUGUUGUAAGCCAACCUGUGUGACCAGCUGUUGUCAGCCCUGCUGCAAGCCCAGCUGCUGUGAAACCACCUGCUGCAAGACCACCUGUUGUAACCCAACCUGUGUGACCAGCUGCUGCCAGCCCUGCUGCAAGCCCAGCUGUUGCAAAACCACCUGCUGCACAACCACCUGUUGUAAACCAACUUGUCCAACCUAUGUGACCAGCUGCUGCUGUGCACCCUGCUGCCAACCGAGCUGCUGUGAGACCACCUGCUGCAAGACCACCUGCUGUAAGCCAACCUGUGUGGCCAGCUAUUGCUGCACACCCUGCUGCCAACCCAGCUGUUGUGAAAUCUGCUACUGCCAACCCUGCUGCUGUGAGUCCUGCUGCUGUGAGCCCUGCUGCUCUGAGCCCUGCUGCUGUGAGCCCUGCUGCUCUGAGCCCUGCUGCUGCCAGCCCUGCUGCUGCCCAGCCUGCUGUGAAAACACCUGCUGCUAG